UCUGCUGUGAAGGAGCUCCCUCGUGCUGGCAGUCUCUCUCGCUGAGCUCUGCUGUGAAGGAGCUCCCUUGUGCUGGCAGUCUCUCGCUGCGCUCUGCUGUGAAGGAGCUCCCUCGUGCUGGCAGUCUCUCUCGCUGAGCUCCGGAGAUGAACAGCCUGGUCCUGCUCUACCUCUGCUGGGUCACUUCAGGAGCAGGGGGCACCCCUCGUGUUGAGUUCCAGAGGGAGGUGAUGGGCUUUGUGGGUCAGAAUGUCACCCUGUACUGCUCUCUAGUGGACGGAGGUCAGAAUAUACAAGUUGUGCAGGUGUCCUGGGUAAGAUCUCCAGAGCAGAAACUGGCAGUUUUCAAUCCCAGUUUUGGUACUAGCUACCCUUCCGGAGACUGGGCAGGGCGGCUGUCAGUCAACAAUGACACGGCCAGGCUGAAGGAGACGUCCCUCACUGUCACAGCAUGUCACAGCCAGGACCAGGGCCAAUACAACUGUGAUUUCACCAUCUUCCCUAGCGGGAUUCACAGGGGGCAAAUCAAACUCACCAUCGCAGAGUUGGUGGAGAUUCCUGUGCUGGAGCCUGUUUCUCUAUCCUGUCUGGAAUCUCCCUGGAGGCCUGGCCCGAACUCCUCCGGUACUGUGCAGUGGUUCCGCUGGUCACAGGCUGGGGGUGGCUGGUCCCUGGUUCUGACGGUCCAGUUGGAGAGCAGAGCAGUGCGGUGCAGUGGGGAGCUGUCAGCCUGCAGCACAGACCUGAACUGGACUCCCUCUCUCAGCCAGGCCGGCAGGUACCGCUGUCACUGGACCAACGGAACCGGACACUUCAACAGAACCCUCCUGCUCCGAGCCAGCAGCACAGGGCCCUUGUCAAGUGGUCUCAGCGGUCACAUUGUCACUGCGCUGGUCCUGACUGGUUUGGGGGUCUCCGUCACAUUGCUCAUAUUGGUGCUGCUGUACUGGAGAAUGGCCCACAGGAAAGCCUUACUUCCCAUGGAAUACACCAUUAAUCUCAACCAGAACCAUGAGAUCACCUACACUUCAGUGCAGACAGAAGGAGCGCCUCCCAGUGGCAGGACGGAGAACGACAGAAGAGAAAGCCCUCUUUACGCCAAUAUUGUGAGAAGGAGCAUGGAGCAGUCUGUGUACAGCACUGUGAGGGUUCGGGAGGGGGGAGGGUCAAUUCAGGUACCCCCUGAGCACCACCCCACAGACUCCUGAAUAGAAAGAGGUCUUUUCAGAGGUCUGGUCCCCGUCACUUCAAUGGAAUUGAUUCAUGACCAAAGGAGGUGGAAAAGAUAUUGCUGGGAUAAGUCCAGCGAGCAGCACAGUUCAGUUGAACUUUAAUUGGUUCUAUCUUCGACAGUCUUGUUACAAUCAAAACCAGUUGCUUUAAAACUGAACUGCAAACCUCAUACAAGGUCAGGUGAUGAAUGGCAUCUGGAGCCAGUUAUUAUUUUUUUGUAUGACCUACGCAUGGUGGCGUUAUGAUUAACCAGCUGAUAAGGGGGUUUUGUUUCAGUUUCAGCACUUGUAUAGCACAUGUUCUUAACCUUGAACCGCUGUUGUGAAAACAAACCCUCAGUAUCCAUGAAACUGAAAGUAUCAGCAAUGGGCUUACUCUGCUACUUCGUACAUGCAACUGCACCAGCGCGGACCAUGGCAAUUGAUUGGCUGAGGUAUGAGCCGCUGUUGCAAUUGUUAUGCGAAUGUGGUUAUUUGCCAACAGUCCCUAUAUGGUCAGGACAGUCCCGAUGCAUAGAGAUAAAAUCCUGAUAUUUAUUUUUGGAAAUUCUUCACAGCUAUCCCAAAGCGUUCGCUCUCCCACGCCACUGUUUCAUUUUUGUGUUCAAGUGACCAGAUCUCGGUUUAUUGACAUGUCAUAUUGCACAAGCAUACUGUUUCCUCGCUGCUGGUGUCCCUCUGAAUAGUUUCCAAAUGUUGGCAAGUACGUAAAGGCCCCUACACACCAGGCACAAGCGAUGAUGUGCAGUGAAGCGGCACAAUGAAUAGAAUCUAUACUUUUAAUCUUUCACACCACAGAGCAGCACGAAAUAAACAGGACUGAACCUAGAGGACUGACCAAUCAGACAACAGCUUCGUGACCUUUGCGAUUAUAAAGAUACAUUGAUGAAACAGAAAGGCCCUCAAUAUCAAUAGUGUCUUCGCACAGUCCUGUCUUCACAGAAAUGUUCUGGGUCCGAGACAAAGUGAAUGACUUAGUCCCCCGCGUCUGGUGCUCCAGUGGCCUCUGCGAGCCCCUGUGUGGCUGGGGAUUAGAGUCAAGUGGAGACAAUUGCUGCUGCUGUUUGUGUCACUGCCUGCUGUUUAAUAAAAAGCCUGCUGUGGCUAUUAUUGAAUGACACUUUCCUAUUGCCGGAGUCCCUUAGCUAAUAACGCUGCAGUAGUGUUAACUAUCAAGCUCACAAUACCUGCACUCUGCUUGUGCUCUGUGCUGGUGCGGACAGUGCUAGCUUGGGAUUGAAGAGUCUGAACAGGGUUCAUUCAUUUUUCUUUCUUAUUCAUAGCGGGUCAGUUGCAACGAUCUCGCAGUGUUAGUACGGAGCUGCGUACCAGCUAGUACGGUACUAUCUCGGGAUCAUCCCCAGCUACGUACUAACUUAAUACCAAUUGCAACGAAAAAAGAAGCGGAACAAAGU